GCACCCGCACUCCACGCUCCCGGGCCGGACCCUCUCUGCCUGCUCAGAACUGUCGCCUGUCCGCGCCCACCAUGGCCACCGUUCAGCAGCUGGUAGGAAGAUGGCGCCUGGUAGACAGCAAAGGUUUUGAUGAAUACAUGAAGGAAUUAGGAGUGGGAAUGGCUUUGCGAAAAAUGGGCGCGAUGGCCAAGCCAGAUUGUAUCAUCACUUGUGAUGGCAAAAACCUCACUAUAAAAACUGAGAGCACUUUGAAAACAACACAGUUUUGUUGUAACCUUGGAGAAAAGUUUGAAGAAACUACAGCUGAUGGCAGAAAAACUCAGACUGUCUGCAACUUUACAGACGGUGUUUUGGUUCAACACCAGGAGUGGGAUGGGAAGGAAAGCACAAUAACAAGAAAACUGGAAGACGGGAAAUUAGUGGUGGUGUGUACUAUCAACGAUGUCACCUGUACUCGGAUAUAUGAAAAAGUAGAAUAAAAAUUCUAUCAUCACUUUGGACAGGAAUUAGCUGUGAGAAUGAACAAGCUCAGUUCAAUGAGCAAAUCUCCAUACUGCUGCUUUUUUUUUUUUUUUCUUUACUGUGUUCAGUUAUUCCUAUCACAAACAUUUUACAUACUGUUUUGAAGUGUUGGUUUAAUUAGGAUCAUCCCUUUGGUUAGUAAAUAAAUGUGUUUAUGCUAAUACUAGUGUUGUGUUUAUUCUUUAACUUUAUAGGAAUUAGUGAUGAGUUUAAUAAUAAGGAGUUGAGUAAAGCUCUGGGAUAGUCUAGAACAGGCUAUGUUGACAUAUUCUGGUAAUUUGCGUGUGAAGUUACUUCCAAGGCAGAUAAGGUACCAAUGAUUAAAGCUUGUUGACACCAUUUGAACUUUGCAUCGACUCGAGAAUCUUAAAUUUCUGGCAGAGACUGUUCAAAUUAAAGGGUAACAGUGUAAACUGUUUAUAAUUUAAAUAAUUAACAAAAGCUGGAUCACCAUCAUUGACGAAAUCAUGUUUUAAUGCUGCCCUUAUGACUAUCAUUCAGGAAUUCUGCAACCAAAAAUUCAUUUAAUGAUGUUAUUGAGGACCUACCAUGUGCCAGGCACUGUUCUAGAGGUUGAGGUGUAUUUGAUCACAACAGACAAAUCAAUGCCCUCAGUGUGGGGAGGAGCACUCCAGCUUUAGAAGAACACUAAGUACUCAUUAAUAAAAACAAUACAGCUCAAUUAAUACUUC